AUGAGAGACAACAAGCUUCUGUCAAGAAAGGAGCUUGAGGUUGUUGCACAUCAUCCGGGAAUGGCAGGCCCGUCAAAGGAUGAGGUGCGAGACAAGAUUUCUGAGCUGUAUCAGACAAACAAGAAGAACAUUGUGAUUGCAGGGAUGAACAACAGAUAUGGGACGCACAGGUCAAUGAUGAAUGCAAGAAUAUAUGCAUCUGCAGAUAUUCUAGAGCAAAUUGAGAAGAAAAACAUUGUUUCAAAGAUGACAGGGACAGAGAUAAAGGUCAAGCCCAGGAGGAUUAGAAAGGACGAGAGGAAGAAGAGCUAUAAGAUGUUUGGUACUCUUAGGAGAAACAUGAAGAAGGCCGAAAAGAAGAGCAAUAAAUGA